AAGAAUAAUUAAUCGUUUUGAGUAAGUUACCCGUGAACGUUGUCGCUGUCUCGUCGCGCGUUUAGAUUUUUGUUUUAAUUUUAAAUCCGUGUCGUAUUUAAUAUAAAAAUUAUUAUUUCCAUUCCCUUGAAUAUAUAGCAUUUUCAUUUUGAAAUUAAAUAGUAAAUUGUUAUCAAGAUAAAAUUUCCAUAAAAUUCUUUUGAUAACAAAACAUCAAGUGCCACUCCUAUAUCAAAAGAAAAAAACAACAGGAAUAACUUCUCUGUGUCUCCUUCCUUACAUUUUCCUUUAUUCUUUCUCUUUGUGAGCAAAAAUCAAAAAGAAAAAACAAAAAUAAAAAGAAGAAAACCAGUUUAAGUGCUGAAAGUGAAAGUUAAUAAUAAAUUUUUAAUUUUAAGUGAGAUUUUGAAAUUUACACAAAAACAAAAUAUUUUACUGCAUAAAUUGAUAAAACGUAGAAUUUAUCAACAAAAAGAAAAUCACCAACGACAGUGUAAAAAGAUCCUCCCGCAAACGAGAACAAAAGAGAGAACAACACAACACUAGACUUGACAUUUCCAAAAAGAACUCGAACUCGAUCACAGAGAAGAGUUGAGAGAAAAUUUGCGAUGAUUCACUCGCUUAAUUGAAUAUAUUCUUGAAAAAACAACAAAUUCUUUCUAAGUGACUCGCGCACUGUUGUCGAUUGUUGCUGCAACGAAAUCCAUAAUUUAUAAUGCAUUCCAUCAAACGUUGGCUGAAGCCCAACAAGGAGCAAAUAUCACAAAUUGGUGCCCCGACCGACUUUCAGCGUCAUGUUCAUGUGUCGCUGAAUAAAUUGACGGGUGAUCUAGAGGGCUUGCCGACGCCAUGGCUGCGCCUGAUGAACGAUCAAAUCACACAGGACGAACAAAAGAAAGACCCCGAGGCGGCUUAUCAGGCUGUCAAGUUUUACAAUUACUCCAUAAAGAAGAAGGAGCAAGCCGACGUGUUUAAGCCCUUUAUCACCGAACAAGCCAUCCACGAAGAAUCGAAGGAAAUCGAGAACUAUGUUAAUUUCAAGAAUGCGCACAAAUCGCAGGAUAGCUUAGGUGAUUCGCUAGAAUCGUUUGAGACGAGUAGUGAAGAGAGCGGCAGUAGCAAUACCAGUAGUAACGCAUCCAUCCUCAAUGAACAGCUUAAGACAAUUACGACGACGACGACAAAGAAAUCUCCCGCCAAAUCACCGAUCAAGUGUGUGCCACUGUCUCCACCGUCCUCACCUCCACCUCUGCCAGCUAAGAAGAGCAUGACCCUGCCGUCGAUGAAGCCAGAGAUAAAGCCAAAGCCCAGAAUAACCCACAGCAAUAAGAAACUUCAGAAGGGAGUCGAAGAUUUGCGACUGAUCUCCUCUGGGUUGGCCAAUUCACACAUCAACACCGAUACGAUUAUUAUUAAGGCUGCCGAGGAGAAUGCUAACCUUGACGACGCGCCCGUAGAUGAGAGCAUUCUACGCCGGUCGAAGGAAAAGCGUGAACAGAAAUGCGAUGCCGAAAUUUAUGCUGAACUGAGGCAGAUCUGCAAUCUGAACAAUCCACGCGAUCGAUACAAGACGACCCUUGAGGUGGGCAAAGGUGCCUCCGGAGUUGUGUUCAUUGCAGCCGACAACAUGUCCGACCAACAGGUAGCUGUGAAGACCAUCGACAUGAAGAACCAGUCCUCAAAGGAGCUGAUUCUGACUGAAAUCCGAGUCUUGAAGGACUUCAACCAUCGGAAUCUGGUUAACUUCCUAGAUGCUUACCUCCUGGAACCAGAGGACCAGUUGUGGGUGAUCAUGGAAUAUAUGGAUGGUGGUCCUCUGACCGAUGUUGUAACAGAAACUGUUAUGAAGGAGCGGCAGAUUGCGUGCGUGUGUCGUGAGGUGUUGCAUGCCAUAAGCUUCCUGCACUCGAAGGGAAUUAUCCAUCGGGAUAUUAAAUCGGAUAACGUGCUAUUGGGUAUGGACGGAGCGGUCAAAGUAACCGACUUUGGCUUCUGUGCCAAUAUUGAGGGCGAUGAGAAACGGCAGACUAUGGUUGGCACACCCUACUGGAUGGCUCCAGAAGUGGUGACUCGCAAGAAGUACGGCAAGAAGGUAGACAUCUGGUCGAUUGGGAUUAUGGCAAUAGAAAUGAUCGAAGGUCAGCCACCCUAUUUGUAUGAGACUCCUCUUCGUGCUUUGUAUUUGAUUGCUGCAAAUGGUCGGCCGGAUGUAAAGAGCUGGGACAAACUGACACCAAACUUGCAGAAUUUCCUCGAUCGGUGUUUGCAGGUGGAAGUCGAUAAGAGGGCGACGGCCGAUGAGCUUUUGAGUCAUCCAUUUUUGGAUGAUUGUUGUGAAUCGCGGGCUUUGGUGCCAAAUAUAAAAGCGGCUAAAAGGGUUUUGAGAAGGGUGUGUUAAGUCGUGUGAGACCCCGACAACUAUAAGUGCAUUUUUUUUUAAAAGUUGUAGUUGAUGAUUUUUAUGAAAGAAACAAAAAAAAAAUACUAAAAGUAAUUAGAUUAAAAUACAGGGUGCUGUUGAGUGGCGAAAUAUCAAAUAACGUUUACAGAAGUUUAAACAAACACAAAAAGAAGCAAAUAACGAAUUUUUAUGAAUACUUUUUAAUCUUGUUCAUCCACAUUCUUCUUGUGAUUUCAAUUUAAUGAGGUCAUUUAAGCAAAAGGAUCAAAGAUUUCCUAUGACGAAAAAUAAAAUUACCAAAAUCUUCAAUAUGUAACAACUAUACAUAACUAUAUUUAAACAAAAGCAAACCAAUAACAACAAAAACAACAACAACGAUUUCUACAUUUUUAAUUGUUUUACAACAAAACAAAUAAAUCGCAGAGAACAAUCACAUCAAAUCGCACAAUGGAUUUUUCUAAAACAAAAAAUUAAUAACUAUAAAACAAAAAGAAACACAUCGUAGAUAUUUUUGUAUAAAACAAAUAUUUAUACAACAUAAACAAAGUAAAACUCAAUAAGGAGGUUAAUUAAUUUUAAAAGUGCCAUUAGGUUAAUUUUUGUGUCCCUAGUAAAAUGUUUCUUUUUUUCCCUACUUUUUCUUAAACAAAAAAAAAACAUCAUAUGAAAACGAAUGCGUUCUUUUCUAUUUUUAGUUAACUAAAUAUUUUCAUGAAACACGAAAACAAAAAAAGAAAGGAAGCUGUUAAUUUAUUGUAUUAUCUUAUUAUAAUGUCUUCCACAACAACUAAAAAUGAAAUGAAAAGACAAAAGAAAAACAAUAACAAAAAUUAUCACAACGAAUUAUUAUGAUAUUGUGGUUGAGGUCUAAAACAGCCAGCGGAGGGCUUUAAUUUUUAGAAAUUGCAUCUGCAAGAAGGAAAAUUCUUCCAUUUUUUUUUCAAUCUUCUUUAUUGACAUACAAAGCAUUUAAAAAUGAUAUCUUAUCAUUGCCAGCAUAAAUCUUGACGGAUUCUUUUUCCACAUUGAAAUUUUAAAAAGUUAAAAGUCAGUCCCAAUUUCAAUCAAUCAUUCCUUCAGUGAAGCAUUUUUCGAAUGUGUUUUUCAGUUUUCUCUAUUUGCUUUCCAUUUCUUUCCUUUCUUCAUUUCUUUGAAUAGAGAGUGCAUGUCCGUAUUGGAAAACCCUCUUCUUUUAGAAGAAGAUUGAAAUAUGGGCGGAUAAACUCUAGGGGGAUUACUUAACAUAUAAACCCUAAGAUUAAUGCCGGAAUAUAAUUUCGUUCAUGUAAAGCAAUUCCUUCCUCUUAAUUGAUUAGUCAGUUCUUGAUGGAAUUCAAAUGGGAAAUUAUUAGAAAAAUAAGGAGAAAAGAAAUAAGAUUGAAACAAUGUUUGAUAUUAAAUUUAAGGUUACAUUAUUAUGAUUUUCCUGUUAGCACUUAAAGUAUUUUUGUUUGCAUUUUGUUGAGGAAUGACAUUCAUAGAACAAAUUUAGGAGAAUUUGUGUUGUUUUUGACUUUGUUUAUUAGUAGUCACAUUCACAUGUUAAAAUAAUAAUAAAAUUGAAAUAUUAAACAGCUAGAGAGGAAGAUAUAAAUAAACAGAAUUGGACAUUUUAGUUUGUCUGUUAGAACUUUCGUAUGCAGUAAAAACAUCGUAAGCAAUAUUAUUUCCGUUUACUUUAGACAUGCACAUUUAUCAGAUUAUUUUUAAAAGAAUAAUCCAUUUCUUGCAAUAUUAUCUAGAAAAAUAAACUUACAACUUUGUAUGCUGCUUAGGCUAAAUUUAAUUCGUCGGUAGUCUUCUAACCGACAAUAAACUUUUGAAAACACCAGGGGUGGAAUCAGCUAAGGUCAUUGUUGAUGACAAUCAAAAUGAAAGAAUUUGAUCUAAGUAAAGUGAUAGUCAAAUUGAUACCUAAAAAGCUGUCACAAAAAAAAGUGAUAGUCAUUUUUAAACAAAUAUGCUUAUUCCGAAUAGUGCUACAAGACACUUACACAAACGACUGGAAAAUGUUUUUAGUUCACUUUGUUUCUUUAAAAAACACACUCAUGUGACCGAAAAAGCUUACCACAUUCGAAAAAAGCAAAAAAAGUAAGAAUUUUAUAAAAAAUCAGCCAAUUUGAAACCUUUAUUUAGAUAUUUUAUAAGAAUCAAUUUAAAAUUUCAUCAGGGCAACAACGAAAUUUGACAAUUUAAAUCGGAAAUUGUUCAAUCGAACUAAAUUUAGUUGAAUCAUCUUACACAGAUAGUCAACUAUCAGCUUAGCCAAUUCCACCCCAGUCGUAACAAUGAAAUCUUUCAGUAACUUAUGAAAGAUUGAAAAACGGGAUGAAUUAAAAAUUUUUAAUUCUGUGUCGAAUAAGCUCUUCGUUUUUCGAAAAUUUACCGAAAAUCAAAAUGCAGGACUAAAUAUGUGUUUUAAGUCUUAAUAAGAGAAAGCCUCAUAAUGGGCAGGUUCAGACAACAUUAGGUACUUCAUUUGCAGUCAACUGCUUUCUUUGAACGUUUAUUUCGACCAAGGCAACUAGUUACUUGGUAACGUGUCAUAAACUUCAAAUUCGGAACUUUACUUUACCAACCUCUACUUUCAGUUGAUCGUUUAAAAACUACUAAAUACAUAAUUGUCUACAAAAAACUUCUCAGCCAAACUACAUGUCAAUUUCGACUUGUAUUUUGUAUUUUUAAUAAAUAUUAUUUAUUCCUUUACCAACUUAAAAAGGAAACCCUUGACAUAAAUAAAAAAUAGAAUUAAUAAAUCACAGAAUAAAAAUGUUCAGGGGUAGAAUCGGAUAAGGUGAUAGUUGACUAUCAAAUUUUUAAAAGUCACAUUGACUAUCACCGAGUUUCCCGUCCGUAUAAGUUGAUUCAAUUCAAUUCGAUUCAACAAUUUCAGAAUAUAAUUGUCACAAUUCAUUGUUGCUAUGGUGAAAUUUUUAAAAGAUAAAGUAUCUAAAUAAAAUUGUCUGUGUUUUAAUAACAUUCUCUCUUUUCUUAUGCUUUUCGAAUGUCGUAAGCUUUGUCCGUCACAAGAAUGUGUUUUUGUACCUAAAAAAGGUAACUGACACUUUUCCAUUCGUUUUAUGUAAGCGUCUGGUAGCUCUACUCAGAAACGACAUGUUUGUAGGAAAAUAACUAUCAAAUUUUUGCUAGUGACAGCAUUUUAGGUAACAAUUUGACUAUCACCUUGCACAGAUUAAAUUCUAUUAUUUUGACUGUCAACUCUCAACAAUCACCUUAGCCGAUUCCACCCCAGCUUUAGUUGAAAGAAAAAAUAUGACUAGCUUGCAAUAUGACAUAAGUGGAAUUGACUAGAUAGUUAGGGAGAUUUUUCUUUACAAAUUUUCUAAAGUUACCUUAAUUGGAAGGCAAUUUUUUGGCAGCUGGCCAAUCAGAUGCUAGAAACUUCCCUUACUUUCAAGUUCCUUAUGUCGUCUAAACCUGCCCAAUGUUCCUCGGGAAUAGUUAAAACUAGCUUCUCACCAUAUUUAUUCACGUGAUCUUUUUGUCCUUUCAGUUCUUACAUCCUAAGACUCUCGUUUCUGAUUCUCUUUAAAACGCAAAGUCAAACCUCACAACUUUGACACAUUUCCUUUAUAAAUAAAUCAUAUCAAUGGCCUUACUUUUUAAAUUUUACAGAAAAUAUCAGUCCUUUCUUCUUCGUAGACUAAAUCAUUAUCAGAAAUGCAUUUAAUACUUCAGUAAAGGAACAUUCCUAUCUAUUUAUGUUUUUAAUACUUUAACCAACUACAAACAUUCCUAAUUCAAAAAAAAAAUUGUAAUAUUGAAAUUCCUUUUUCCCAUUAAAUCAUUAAAUAUCAUUGCUCAACUGGUUCGAACCUCAACAUAAUAUAUCAAAACUUAAAACUUGUACUCCAAUGUGCACUGAAAAUAAUAAAACUUUAUCUAUAUCGGCUGUCAAUUAAACUAAAUUCUAUUAAUUCUAAUAUGUAUGGUUGUACUCAUUUUUAAAAAACGCUUCCGUUCAGAGCAUACAAAACUGAUAUACAUACUUAUCUUAAAACUGCUAAACAUUAUAAAAACACAAAUACAAUAUAGUAAAAUAUUAACGAGCAAAAUCAAUUAAAUACCCUGUAAAAAAUGAUUUUAUAGCAUUUUUAAUUUUUAUUUUUAAAAGUAAAAGAAAGAAAAUAAAAUAAAAUAAAAUGCAAACCUUAAACUAAACGAUACAACAUACUAUAUCUUAAGCACAAUAUACAACGCAAUUUUUUCUUUCUAUUCUAUACAAAAGAAAGUAAAACAAUUUUUGUAAUGAUUUUAAAUAUUUUUUACUUAUAACAAUAAAUAAAUUGAUAUUUAAAAAUAUAAAUAACAUAGAAAAAAAAAGUAGAAACAAAAAAAACAAGAAUAGCCAAGAUUAUACUUUUUGUAUUUUUACACUAAAAAUAUAAUAAUAUAAUUAAUCAUUCAAUUGUACAUAAAUAAGUAUAAAAAGAUAAAUAUUGAACAAGAAAAAAUACAUCAAAUUCCCAUUAGUCAUAUUAAAAUCUUUGUGUUUUUGUAUUUGUUUAAAUAAUUUAACUUAAUAAUCAGAACUAAUAAUCACAUAAAUAAUAAACAAUAUUUCAUAAAUGAAAAUAUUCAACUACAACUGUCUGAGAAAAACAAAAAACAAGUAUACAUAAAAAUAUCAAAUAUAAAUUAAAUAUUUUAAUUGUUUAUUUUGUUUCGUUGAAAAAUAAAUCAAAAAAAAGAACUAUUUACUAUUUUUAGUUUUUGUUAACUGUAAGUGUUUUGUUGUCUAUAUUUAAGAACGACUUGUGUGUCUUAAAUGUUUUUGUAAUUUAGUACUUUCCCCAUCUAUCUAAACAAAAUAUUAUUAUAUUAUUAUUAUUAUACAUAUGUAAUUGUAAAUUUUAUUGUAUUAUUUUCUCGCUUUAGGUUAUAGUUUAUAUACAUUCUAUGGUAAACAUGAACAUGAAAAUCAUAAGAUUAAAAAAUAAAAACAAUAAUAGCAUUAUAUUCACCAGGCCAAUGUGCAUUUGGGUAAUAAGAAAAAGGACAUGUUUACCGUAUUAUUUUACUAUAAAUUGAUAUUUUAUUUUUCAAUCGAAAUUUCUCUCAAGGGAGAAAAAAUAAUAAAAUAUACAUUUUUUGUAAACAAAAUA